AGGACAAUCUAGUCCGGUCCGUCCGAGGGACUGCCUUUGCUCCAGUGCUAUAGUACUUGAGAGAAAUAAGCAUGUCAAGAGCUCGACAAUGGCUCUUAAGGAGUGCGGCUUGGCGUUUUGGGCCGACUCCAUGGCCUCCCGCAAUGGCGCCGGCAGAUUUGUGAGAGACGAGUCCACCGCUUUGAAGGAGGUUUACAGCGAGCACGAGGAAGCAAGCGAAGGGCGCGUGGUGGAAUCGCUGAGCCAUAUUGGUGUGGAGAACAAAUGGUGCCUCUUUGUUCCCACUGGCUCGUUUCCUCCCGCUCGGGCAAAGCAUGCUGCCUUGUCCGUGGGACGUAGAAUGUUCGUGCUGGGUGGCGUCUCGGCUGGCGGCAUCCUCGAUGAUGUUCAGGUGUUUCACGCUGAAAGGGGUGUUUGGCUUCAGCUCGGCUGUGGAUCUGUACCUUCACUCUACAGUCCAUCCAGAUCUAUACCCAUCGAUGCUCGAGGGCCCCGUUGUGUUGGUCACUGCUUGGCGUUCUGGGAGACUAAACUUCUUGUAAUUGGUGGACGGAUCGAGCCGAAGUCAAAGAAACUUAGAGCUUUCGCUCUGGACUUGGAGUCGCAAUCCUGGUCCAUACUUGCUCCCGAAGGAGAAGUUCCAGUAGCACGCACGGGGCAGAGUGUAGUCCAAGUAGGCUCCUCGUUGAUCAUAUUUGGUGGUGAGGACAGCAAGGGGCAGAUGCUGAAUGACUUGCAUAUACUAAACCUUAAGACGCUAGUCUGGCGUCCACCCAAGACCAGUGGCUCAAAGCCUUCUCCUCGGAGAGGUCACUCUGCAGUUUGUUAUAACGAACGAUAUAUGCUAGUUUAUGGAGGAAAGGCUCAGGGGAACUACUACAAUGACAUCUACGUUCUCGACUUGCAAAAUAUGGAAUGGAGCAAGGAGAAACCAAGAGGAACGGUACCAUCCCCUCGAGCAGGUCAUGCUGGAGUGAUGGUUGGAUCCAAGUGGUACAUUGUUGGAGGUGAAUACAAAGGAGGUGAGGUUUUAGAGACAAUGGCAUUCAACGUAGACUCCGGGAAUUGGCAAACUGUGACUACUGUGCAGCCUGGUACUCCCCUUGCGAACGACGGCAUUAGCCUCGUCAAGGUUCGCACCAAAGGAAAGGUCUUUUUGUUGGUGUUUGGAGGCCAUGGUGCAAUUCUAAGCAAUCAGAUCUUUGUCAUGAUGAUCAGUAAUAGCAGCAAAACUGUUCCUGUCGUGUCCAAGCGAGACGAGAUCAUCAAAGAGCUACAUGACGACUUUUCCGCUUCUUCCUUGCCGUUCAGCUUUACAAGUGGCUCUUUGAAUGCCAGAGGCUUGGAUCAAAAUCAACCACCACAGGGAGCAGACAAUUCCGCUGUCGACGUAAUUGAGGAGCUGGAGUCCUCUGUGCCGAGUUUGUCCAGUGAAGGGGACAGUCUGUCCACGCGACCCGAGAACAAGCAGCAGCAACUCGAGCUGGCGGAGGCACUCACUCGAGCAUUGACAGAGAAACAAGAGAUUGAAAAGCGUUUGGAAGAAGCAUUGAUACUCGUAGAGGAGCUCAAAUUAGAGAGGAAGGGGGCUUCUUCAUUGAACGACCAGAGGAAUACCAUGGAAGAGGGCAGCGGCAGUAGCAAGGACAAGGACAUUGAUGAGGACGAUUUGCAAGAACAGUUGCGAGAGUCACAACAGCAAAUUGUGUUUGCAGUGAGGAAGCAAGCAGUGGCAGAGAGGAAGCUGUUGGGUGCCUUAAGAGAAAACAGAGAACUGAGAAAGAAACUGCUUCACCAGGUCCAGGUGUGA